AUGGUAGCUACCGUUGCGUUUUCAAAAACUUAUGCACCUGAAUGUCCGGAACUUGUGCUCGGUGGAAUUGCCCAAUUUGCAAGGAAUAGCUUUGUGGAGGUCAUGUCAAAGACAAAUCCGGGAAUGGUAGCUACCGUUGCGUUUUCAAAAACUUAUGCACCUGAAUGCCCGGAACUUGUGCUCGGUGGAAUUGCCCAGUUUGCAAGGAAUAGCUUUGUGGAGAUCAUGUCAAAGACAAAUCCGGGAAUGGAUAAGCCGAUCUGCGAUGUUCUCACUGCAUCCUGGUCAUACCUUGAGAGAAAUGGGAUGGUGCAUAUUGCGGCUGUAGAUGCGAUGGCGGAAGACUUCGCGUGA